ACGAUGCAAUAAAACUGGAAGAAAAUCAGAAAGAGGGACCCUCUUGUUAUCUCCUUCUUGAAGAACCCAUUCUGGGAAAUGAGCUUAGUUUGUCCUUCCUCACAGUCUCCUGAGUUUGUCAAGAUGCCUCGACUCCUGAGAGAUGUCCUCUGUGUAAUUGAGACAUUCCACAAGUAUGCCAGGGAGGAUGAUGAUAAGGUGACCCUGACCUGCAGAGAGCUGAAACGGCUCAUCCAGAACGAGUUUGGGGACAUUCUUCAGCCACAUGUCAUUCACGCUGUGGAGAGAAACUUGAAUCUUCUGGCUCUUGACAAUGAUGGCACCAUCAGUUUUAACGAAUUUGUUCUUACAAUCUUCAACUUGUUGAACCUCCAUUAUCUUGACAUACAAUCAUUACUAAAUCCAGAACCAAGACAAGUGUCUAGCCCAGAAGAGAAGCCAGAUGACAUGGAGGCCCACGAAACAGUAGUGCAGGGAGAAAGUGAGAGAAAGACACAGCCACCAGCCCUGAAAGGUGAAGAAGCACAGGAUGGAAAGUAUCAGGAACUCCAGGAAUCAUCAAAAGAAAGGGAUGCUGAAGAAGGUUCUAAGACAGAAGAGUUACACUCAGAAGAUCAGAAUCAUCCUGAAAUUGAAGGAGCGGUCACCUCAGGAAAAGAGGCAAGACAUGCAGAUGAAGGGACAGCAGAAGCACUUGUGAGCAACAAAAAUGCCCCUGCAGCAGAAAGGGCACCAGGACCAAGAGAAAGAGUACGGCAGUUGUCAUCGCUUGAGAACCAGUCUGGAGGGGAAAGUAAGAGGGUCACCAAGACUCAUGACAAGCCAGUCAAGGAGGAUGAUGGUGACCAGGGGGAGGAUCCUGAGCCAACAGUCACAGAGAAUGAUAAAAGGUCUUCUGAAACCCCCAACAGCCUGACUCCAGAUGAUGGUGACAGCAGCUCAGGGACAAGUGACCUGCUUCUGCAAGAGGAUUCCCAGAGUCAAGUAGACUCGCUCAGAGAGUCUGCACAAGGAAGUCGCCAUAAUAACCCAAACACUCAGAAACAGGUAGCACUGGGCAAGAAAAACAGAACUCAGGAGGCAGCUGGAGGAGAGGAUGAGCAGCUCACGGAGGAACAGGAACAGCCUGAAGGAGAAGAGCACAGGAUUCAGGGCUCAGCAACGAAAGGCCCAGGCCCAGCUCUGGAGCUCAGUGGACACCCAGAGGCACAGACACACCUUGAAACAGAGAAACUUGUCACAUGGGAGGAAGAAGAUAAAAGCCCUCAAAAGCUGGCAGAAGUUGAUGACCAACAAAAUCCAGCCAAGAAGGAACAUGAUUCUUCAAUCUUCCAGUCAGGCUUUGAAGGGAGGAAUCAGAGGAGCUAAGAGCCGUGUUCUGCAGAGAGAGGUACAGUGUAGUCCAAUCCACUUUACAAGUACCUACAAGAGAAGAUACUGCAGCAAAAACACACAACCAAAAAUGAGCAUCAAAAUCAAGCUCAGACAUCCAGGGUAUCAGGUCCAGAGCUCUGCAAUGACCAGUUCAGCAAUGAGAUCUCAGAUUGUCUUAUCUUUUUCAAUGACAGCUAAGCUUUACAAUAGUACACCAAGGAACUUCUGCCUGGUAAGGAUUCUGCUGAUGCACAGCAAACAUCAGCUCCCUAGGCUUUGGAAGAUAAGCAAGGCCACCCUCAGAGAGAGGAACCAGACCACAAAGGAAGGGGAGCACCACAAAGCAAUAAAUCCUUAUCAGUAUCCCAGGAGAACAUCAGUACAGCUCAACAUGUCCCAAACUUAUUUCCUCUUGACCACCCUCAACAUGUACACAUGUAUGUACUCACAUGUACACAUUCAGAUACAGAAUGAUAAUCCCUUCAAUUCCCUUCCUAAAUUUUUACAAGAGCAAAUAAUAAAGUAUUCAGCAGUGGGAACUACCUCCGAAGAAAUGUCACACCAAACAAACAUCUUACCACGUGAUGCUACUGCCAAGUGCUAAAAUGGACUUUCUCAAGGGACAAUUUAUCACAACUUAUCUGUCUCUAAAAAUGGAAGAAUCCCUUUCAUGCCUUUAAUAGUUGCCAAUUUCUUCAACUGAUUCAUUAACUUUCUAUGAUGUGGCAGUAGGAACUAUG